AUUUAGUGUUUUUUAUUUUUACAACAGAUACCAAUUUCAUAUUAGUGAUUACUUAAAUUUAUAUUUGACGCAGCAAAUUGUUUAAAAAUCGUUUCAAUUAUAUAUAUAUAUAUAUUUGAAUAAACAUUUUCCGUAAUGACCAUUUGUCGACAGUAGUCGUUGAUCGAUUAAAUCGUAAAAUUAGAUUGUUCCUGUUUAUCCGAUAAUUAAAUAAUCAUUCAAAAUUAUUUCGUUAUCAAGAAUAAAACAAUUUUUAUUACCACUAGCCUUGUUUUUGGCAGCGGUAUAUAUUUAUGAAAUGGCUAACUUUGGAAGAUUUAAAACAAAAAACAACCUAUAUUUAAUGUAUCAUUUAAAACGAUCAGGUUUUAUUAAAACACAACGUGUUUAUGAUGCCAUGUAUGCUGUUGAUAGAAAAUAUUUUAUAGAUUUACCUUUUUCAUAUAUUGAUGCACCACAACUAAUUGGAUAUGGUGCAACAAUAAGUGCACCUCAUAUGCAUGCACAUGUCUUGGAAUUACUACAAGACAGAUUACGUGAUGGUGGAAGAGCAUUAGAUGUUGGUUCUGGAUCUGGUUAUUUAACAACUUGCUUGGCAUACAUGUUAGGACCUCAUGGAACUACGAUAGGAAUUGAACAUAUUCCAGAACUUCAAGAAAAAGCUAAAUCAAAUAUAGAAAAAUGUUAUCCCAAUUUUCUAACUUAUGGACGUAUUGAAUUAAUUGUUGGAGAUGGAAGAUUAGGAUAUUUACCAAAAGCACCUUAUGAUGUUAUUCAUGUUGGAGCAGCAGCAAAGGAAGUACCUCAACCUUUAGUCGAUCAAUUAGCUUUUGGAGGAAGAUUGAUAAUUCCAGUAGGCGCAGAUUCUUCAAAUCAAACAUUAAUUCAAAUUGACAAAACAAUGGAUGGAGAAAUUGAAAGGAAGUCAUUAAUGGGUGUAGUAUUUAUACCACUUACCGAUAAAGAUUAUCAAUUGAAAUCAUUAGGGUUGUGUAGUCUCCAAUAAGUGAGCAUCAUUUUGUUAUUUAUGAUUAUAAAUAUUCAUCAUAUUGUUUUGUAAUUAAUUUGUCAUGAAAAAAAAAAA